GCUUUUGGAGCUUAACGGCUCAAGGCUUUCCUUAUUCAACCAAAUAAAAGCCAAUAUAUCCUGUAAAUACCCUACUCACAGAAUCACAGAAAGAUGGAAACGGAGGGCGAUACAGAUAUAAAAAAGGAACUGAGUUAUUGGAUGGAAGGAGAAAUCAACAAUUUCAUAAAGGUAUGGCUAUCAAUUUAUGUUUCUUUAUCCUACUGUUACCUUAUAGCCAAGAUUAUUCCUAAAGGUUCUAGAAGACUCUUGGCUUUUAUCCCUGUCGUCUUCCUUUUCCUCUUCCUCCCUUUAAAGCUCCACACCAUUCACCUCGGCGGCCUCUCUGCCUUCUUCAUCGCGUGGCUAGCUAAUUUCAAGAUACUCAUGUUCGCCUUCAAUGAAGGCCCUUUAUCCGAUCCUUCACUCUCCCUCCCAAGAUUUCUCGCCAUUGCUUGUCUACCAAUUAAGCUUCAGAGCUCUCAAAAUCUAAACAAGAACCAACUUUCUCAGACCGAAAAAGGCCAUAAAUCAGUUUUCAACUAUGCUGUAAAGGGUUUUUUGUUGGCUUUGUUCAUCAAGUUCUACGAUUACAGUGAUUACAUACACCCAACGAUUAUGCUUGUUAUAUACAGUUUUCAUAUAUACUUUUGCUUGGAGAUUGCUUUGGCCAUUGCUGCAGCCAUGGCUCGGGCCCUUCUUGGAGCCGAGCUCGAGCCGCAGUUCAAUGAGCCAUACCUUUCGACCUCACUGCAAGACUUUUGGGGUCGUCGGUGGAACCUCAUGGUAACCCGUAUACUGCGACCUACAGUAUACAUGCCGGUACUCAGCUGGUCGACUAGCAUUUUGGGCCGGAAAUGGGCUCCACUCCCAGCUGUAAUAUCAACUUUUUUCGUGUCGGGCCUUAUUCACGAGCUCAUAUUCUACUAUUUGGGCCGCGUGAAGCCCACGUGGGAAAUCACCUACUUUUUCUUGCUUCAUGGCGUGUGUUUAUCGGUUGAGAUUGCGGUCAAAAAGUCAGUUAAAGGGCGGAUACACAUACCGAGGAUCAUUGCGUCAAUCUCCACCGUUGGAUUUGCGAUGACCACAAUCUUUUGGCUCUUU